AUGUCAGAGAAGAUUGGCAAGUAUACGAUCGGCUCUGAGAUCGGCAAAGGGUCGUUUGCCACAGUCUACAAGUGUACUGAUGAAGAGACUCACGAGGCUGUGGCGAUUAAGCUGGUUGUCCGUCGAAAGCUCAAGUCCAAAAAGCUCAUUGAGAACUUGGAGGUGGAGAUUCUGAUUCUCAAGUCGAUGAAGCAUCCCCAUAUCGUGGGACUUCUCGACUACCACCAGACAACUACUCAUUUCCAUUUGGUGAUGGACUAUUGCUCCAUGGGUGACUUGUCCUACUUCAUACGGCGCCGAGAUCAACUUGUGAAGACCCACCCAGUAGUUUCCCAACUUCUCCAGUGCUACCCAUCCCCAGAGGGCUCUCACGGAUUGAACGAGACCCUUGUUAUACAUUUUUUGAAACAGCUUGCCUCAGCUCUCGAGUUCUUGAGGUCCAAGUCUCUCGUUCAUAGAGAUAUCAAGCCGCAGAAUUUGCUUCUUUGCCCUCCUGCUCAUUCCAAAGAACAAUUUGAAGCAGAGCAUUUUGUGGGCCUUUGGGAUCUUCCUAUUCUCAAGAUUGCUGACUUUGGCUUCGCCAGAUUCUUGCCCAAUACAUCAAUGGCAGAGACUUUGUGUGGGUCCCCUCUCUACAUGGCGCCGGAGAUUCUUCGUUAUGAAAAAUAUAAUGCCAAGGCAGACUUGUGGUCGGUUGGGGCGGUAUUCUAUGAAAUGACUGUCGGUAAGCCGCCCUUUCGUGCAGCAAAUCAUAUCGAGUUGUUGAAAACUAUCGAAAGAACUCACGAUCGUAUCAAGUUUCCUUCCUCUGCUCAGGUGCCUGAGUCACUCCGGAAGUUGAUCAGAUCACUUUUGAAGUAUAACCCCAUGGAGCGUGUCUCGUUUAACGAGUUUUUCAACCAUCCACUCAUCGUCAACGAGCUAGAGGGGAAUAGCAGGCCUCUAGAUACUUCCGAGAUGGAUACCAACUUGUUCAUCAGCGAGUAUAUAUCGCCAAUUAACCCCUCUGAUAGGGCCAAGUUCGUCACACCAAUAACUCCCAUGACUAGUAAGAAGCAUUCUUCAAAGGGAGAAAGAAACGAGCCCCGUCCCUCACCAACUUCUGAAGGACGGUCACCAUCUUCUUCCCGGAUGGUCACUAGAGACAACCCUCGUGCGUUGAUAGCAUCACGUCGUUCAAACUCACGCGAUGAACAAAUCAAGCUGAUCAUCAAUCUGAAUAGUCCUGAUUCGACUGCACUUUCUCAUUCGAUUCAACCAAAGUAUAAAGAGUUCAAGCAGGGUCAUCGUCUCAAUAAUGAUGUGAUUUUGGAGAAAGACUACGUUGUCGUGGAGAAGCGUGCCGUUGAAGUAAAUGCUAUUGCUGAUGAAUUAGCAAAAGUGGGAGUAAGCGGUACGACUUCACACCAUCAGCAAACGCAGCAAGGUCAAGGACCUGAUCGCACUCUCGUACCGGUGAGAAGACCAUCCCAAAGAUCGGCGAAUUCUUCGGGAAGGAGACCGAGCUUUGGUGAUAGGAGGAUUCCUAUAUCCAUCUCACCAACCAAUGCGUUAGGAAAAGCUAUUAGUCUUGCUUCCAAUCGUUUAUUCGGCAAUAAUGCACAGACUGCGGAGGUCGGAGAUGACGGUUCGCAGACAGGCGAACUCAAAUCAUUUUCUACAAUUGUUUCAAGCCCUGACUUUGCCAAUAAUUUGCUAUUGAAAAAAGUUAAGCUUCCAGUAUCAAAUACUCUUUUGGCAGCCACCCCAGCCGAGAGAGAAAAGCAAGAUGCAUUCUCGUACGACGAAAAGGUGCUUCAUCAGUUGGAAUCAAUUGCGACGAAGUCUCAUGCAAUUAGCUUAUUUGCAGAUGUCAAAUUUAGCCAACUCAUUCCAUCUCCUCCAUCAACCGACGAGUAUGAUGAUGAAAUCAUGCAACAUAAUGACCUACUCCCACCGAAGAUGAUCAAAGCAAUAAGCGAAGAAGGGGUUGUGUUGUACGUGAAAACUUUGUCAUUGCUCGCCAAGGGUAUGGGACUCGCAAGUGAAUGGUGGAUGACUCACUAUGACAAAAACGAACAUACCGGAGAGCAGCAACUUGUUCGCUCUUUGGAUCUUCAAGUAACCUCUCAAAUCAACGAAUUGGUUCAAUGGAUAAGAGAUCAAUUCAAUGAAUGCCUAGAGAAAGCCGAGUUUAUUAAGCUAAGGCUAGAAGAAGCCAAUGAAAGUAUAAGGAAGGACGAAGAUGUCACAGCGACAUCAAAUUUCACUGAGCAAAUGAGUGUUGGAGGAGCUACAGCAACCACGAUUAGCGGUGAUGCAAACAGCGAGACUGUUCAGGUUGUUGCAGAAAAGCUUAUUUUCGACCGUGCAUUAGAGAUCUCGAGAAAUGCGGCAGUCAACGAAUUGGUUAAGGAAGAUUUGAAAGGUUGCGAGCUUGCUUAUAGCACUGCGAUAUGGAUGCUUGAAGCUCUUUUGGAUGAGGAAUCAUCAGAGGUCGAGAAGUUAGACGAUGAGGACAGAGCUAUGGUGGAGAAAUUUGUUGUCAGCAUUGGCAACAGAUUAUCAGUCUUAAAAAAGAAACUCGAGAUAAAUUGA